AUCCCCCAUAAGCUCUAGUUUUUGCACAUAUAUAUAGCCACUGACCAUCCCGCAUUCGUUCUUCUCAACUCUCCGCACGGUUUAUCUCCGUUACCUUCGACCACAGACGUCCCCUUCUCAAUUCAACGUCCGCAACCUCAAUCGCACACCCGCACCAUCAGCAGCAUAUUCCUUAAAGAGACGCAAGCAUCAGCAAUUUUCGUUGGGGCGGCAAGUUUACAAACAUACCCAUAAGUUAUCGCAAGAUAUCCGACGAGCCAUAUCCCGAAACAACCCGUCACUUACAGUCCAGCUACCAGCGCCGAUUUUCGAGAAAGAUCGAGAACGAGUUACACCCCAAAGCCAGCAAAUCCACCGAAAAUGGCGAGCUCCGAAAACUACUACAUACCGCCUGUCAGCAGUGGCAACUGGAACUCGUAUUUUGACAGCGAGUCUAUCUCGUCCAACUCCUCAAUGUCCACCCGCUCUCCCUCACCAGUACUAUCCCCAACCAUGUAUCCUCCAUUCUUUAACGACGACGAUGGAGGCUGGUCAACAGAUAGCCCAUCUCCACAAUUCACACUGAAAAGCCUACCACGAUCACGAGGCAGCAGUCGCCGUGGCUCCACGUCGCCACGUCGAAAUGGACACAUACAGCGUGCCACGUUCCGAUGGCAACAUUCUCCGACGGCGUCUAUGGUGGUGGUGACGGGCACCUUUGAUUCGUGGACGCAGAGCAUACAAAUGAAGCGGGAUCCUGAGUGCGUAGACGAGUGGAUCGUUACCGUGCCACUCGACCGGCGAGCACGACAGGUCUUCAAGUUCGUGGUGGACGGAGAAUGGCGGUGCUCCUGGGCAUUCCCAACAACGACGGAUGAAUGCGGCUACGUCAACAACGUCCUCGAGCCCAACGCUGACUGGGCAAGCGAGCCGCACUGGGAUGCGGAGAGGAAGAGCUCGUCCAUAACACCGACGGGCGACGAGCCAUGGUCGCCAACCGCGUCUAGCCAGUCCGCAACUGAUAUCGCCUGCCUGCCACCGGCUGUGGUGAUGCAGUGGAUGAUGGCGGCACGUGGGGGUGAAGAGGAUGAUCUUGAUGAGGACUGGUCCGAUUUCGGGACAGCCGCCCAACGCAUCCCGCGCCUGACUAUAUAGUGAAGUGUCGGACGCCCUCUGGCUUUUCGUGGUCUUCCUUGCUAGCAUUGCGCUCCUCUGUCCUGGAAUGCAGCGAGAAUGUUGACCUAAUGUACAUAGAUCCGUUUCCACUACUAAUCACAAUACUGCAAUGGAUAAG